AUGUCCUCGAGGGGUGCCGGGGGUGAGAAAGGGGGUGGGAGGGGGUCAGGUGUUGGGACGAGAGGAAAGGAGGGUAAGGGGAAAGAGGGAGCUUGUAGAUUGAGGAUCGGGUCGUGGAACAUAGGCACGCUGACGGGUAAGUCUAUUGAGUUGGCAAAGAUUCUCCAGAAGAGAAAGGUUAAUAUAGCUUGUGUCCAGGAGACUAGGUGGGCAGGGUCGAAGGCGAGAAAUGCGGACGGGUAUAAGUUGUGGUACUCUGGAGUCGUGAAGGGUAAGAAUGGAGUGGGUAUCUUGGUGGAUAGGGAUCUUAGAGAGUCUCUGGUUGAGGUUAGGCGAGCAAAUGAUAGGCUAAUGUUUAUUAAGUUGGUGACUGGUGAGUUCACCCUCAAUGUAGUUAGCGUUUACGCGCCACAAGCGGGCUUGGAUGAGGAGGUUAAGUGGCGCUUUUGGGAGGGCUUGGACGAGAUUGUGCGUAGUAUUCCACCUACUGAAAGUUAUGGCGAGGUGCAUGGUGGUUUUGGCCUUGGGGAUAGGAACGGAGGAGGUACUUCGCUGUUAGACUCCGCUAAGGCUUUCAAGCUGGUGACUGCGAACUCGACUUUUCCGAAGAGGGAGGAGCAUCUGGUUACUUUUCGAAGUUCGGCGGUGAAGACUCAGAUCGAUUACCUUCUCCUCAGAAGGUGUGAUAGAGGGUUGUGCAAGGAUUGCAAGGUUAUCCCGGGAGAGACCCUCGCGACUCAGCAUAGGCUCUUAGUGAUGGACAUCGGCAUUAUGAUGAAGAGGAAGAAGAGGUAUGCUCGUGGCCGACCGAGGAUUUGA